AAACCUCCUGAACACAUAAAAACGGACAAAAAUACAGUUCAAGCAUCUGUAAGAGGGAGGAGGCUGACUUCACACAUAAAAACCUCCUGAACACAUAAAAACGGACAAAAAUACAAUUCAAGCAGCUGCAAAGAGAAAGAAAAAUGUCUACCCCUUUUCAGCUUGGCGUUUUGCUUCUCUUUAUAGGAGCUGUGCAGUGUCAGGAGCAGAUCUUCAGCGACAACGGCCUCAUGAUUAAAACAUACGAGCACGAUAUGCAGAGAGGAGUCGAGGCUCAGUUUUCCUGUCCACUGUGCAAGAAAAUCCUGCAGGAAAUCUUUAAAUCUGUUGGAAAUGAACUUUCAAAGGACAGGAUCAAUAGGGUUCUUAACAAGGUGUGUCAGAAAUUGAAACCAAUCAAACCCAUUUGCACGAAAUUUAUUAACAAAUACAAAGAUAAGCUGGUUAGGGCCAUCAGCUCUGCUCAGACCGCCCCCGGAGCCUGCAAACAUCUCCGCCUGUGCAAAAAUGCCAAAGGGUAAUUUUUUUCCCAUGAAAAAAAUUCUGGAUUUUUCCAUUGUUUGUGCAUAAAAAAAAGACAAAAAAAAAAAAUCAAUGGCAACAUUAUUACUAGAAAAAUGUUAUUAAGUAAAUGUAUAUUCUUUAAAUAACUGAACUGAUUUCCCUAAUCUAUAUUUCUAUAAAUGUCUGAAUAAAUAUGAAUAAAUUAUUAGCUGUUAGAACUGGAUUUGUAUGGUUGAUGUACAUAAUUAAAAAAUAUUUUGAGGUUUUGUGGAUUGCAUUUUUGCAUUUUAGUAAAAAAUUGUGUAUUAUUACUAAAAAGAAAUUACAGCUGUAUCUUUUGGACCUGAAUAAAACUUGUUCCUUAACUAGCA